AUGGCCAGCUGUGAUAACAGAAAAUGGGACCCAUAUGAGACCUCGCAGAAAAGGGAUUUUGUUAGCAGACCCAGUUCACUGAUUCCAGUUUUACGACCACAUACAUCCAAGGCCUGUAGAAAUCCAUAUGCUUUGGCUGAUCCCAUUGGUGUAACUGCAUAUACUGAAGACUUUUCCUGGAAACCUCCAACUAAGCCUGAGUGUAUCCGGACCGGGACAGCCUCUGGCAACAGGAGAAACAACCCACACCCAAGCCAGGGUUUUUUGGUUUGGAGGCAUCCCCCUGGAUGGAAACUUUGUGAAAACCCCCCAUCUGAGGAUGAAGUCAGAAAUGCUCAGUCUUCUCAGUACAAGUCAACAUACAGGACUGACUUUUUGGGCAUCCCUCAAGGGAUUAUGAUGAACCGUAGAGCCCUAGAUCCUAUGAAAAAUAUUCCUGUGCUUCCUCAAUGCAUCCAGACAGAGAUGAGAUACAACUAUCGUAAGCCUGUUCACAGACCUGAAUUUCGGGGAAACAUAUCCCGCAGUGAGGCACCAAAGGGGAUAGUCCCCACAGUAAUUCCAAAGCAUAUCACUAACCAGGAACACAUGAAGUCCUUGACCACUUAUGACCGGCAUUUCAGUGGUAAAUCCACAGACUUUGCUUCAGUGCUCAGUUCUCUCCAGCCUGAGGAACUCCUACACUUUUACAAGCAUUUACCUGAAAAGGAAAAAAUCGUGGUGCAAAAAUUUUUGCAAAAAAACCCAAGUCACCCUGGUCAAGAAAAGAAAGUUAUGCAGCCAGUGGCAUUCACGCAACCUCCUACAGUGCUAGACAGGAUAUCUGUCUGGCCUGGGCCUCUGUGA